AUGCUCGCGACCCUCAGUGAGAUUUCUCGGCGCCCUGUGUACUUCCUCGGGGCUAGCGCUUGUGGGGGUGUCUCUGCCAAGUGCGCAUGCUCCAUGCCUAGCAAUGAUGGCACGAAGUUUCAGGAAAACAAGGCACGCAGUGAAGGUUACUCCCUUAAGAAGCCUCCCUUGACAACACCAUGGACUGACAAAGUCGGAACGAACCCGUGGCCCGAAUAUCCGCGGCCGUUGCUGCAGCGCUCUGAAUGGAAGAAUCUCAACGGAGUGUGGAAGUACCAAAAAGCUUUAGGCCUCGAUGCUAUUCAGCAACCACCCUUUGGGCAAGAGCUUGCACAGGAUGUUUUGAUUCCAUCGUGUCUUGAGAGUGGACUGUCCGCGGUGGACUAUGAAGCCACAGUCUUUGUCAACGGCGAAGAAGCAGGCUUCCACCGUGGCGGAUACUUCCGCUUCACGGUCGACGUGACAAAGUACCUGAAGUUUGAUCAGCCGAAUGAGCUACUUGUGUUCGUGCAUGAUCCUACUGACAAUGGUGACUAUGUUAUUCCUAUUGGAAAGCAGACCUUGAGGCCGAAUCAUAUCUUUUAUACCCCGUGCAGUGGAAUAUGGCAAUCUGUUUGGCUCGAGGCUGCCCCAUCUAACCACAUUGCCCAACUCGACCUCGACGCCAACAUGGAUGGCCAAGUAAACAUCACUGUACACAGCUCCGCCAAGGAGAAAUCGGCCCAGGCCGAGGUUACGGUCCACAAAGAUGGCAAGACUGUUGCAACCCAUCAAGGCCCCACCGAUGAGCCAUUCCAAUUUAUCGUAUCUUCGCCCCAGCUCUGGUCCCCAGAUUCGCCUGACCUGUACAAUGUGACCGUCAAGCUUGGAACCGAUCAGGUGGAGAGCUACAUUGGCUUCCGCACAAUCUCCAGGGGCAAGAUUGACGGGAUUGAGCGACCCUUGCUCAACGGAGAAUUUGUUUUCAUGUUCGGUACCUUGGAUCAAGGCUAUUGGCCCGAUGGCUUAUAUACACCACCCAGUAAAGAGGCGAUGGUGUUCGAUUUAGAGAUGCUAAAGAAGCUGGGAUUCAACAUGGUCCGAAAGCAUAUCAAGGUCGAGACCGAUCUGUUCUAUCAAGCAUGCGACGAGCUCGGCCUGCUUGUGAUCCAGGAUAUGCCUUCCAUGCGCCCGCUGCAGUCCAGGAGAGAUGCAAACUGCAACUUGAUCAAUAUUCUACCAGAUGAGAAGCAGCAGGCUGAGUUCGUUCGCCAGCUAAAUGUGUUGGUCAACCAACUCAAGAGCUUCCCCAGUAUUGUAACCUGGGUCAUUUACAACGAAGCCUGGGGCCAAAUCACAGAACACUACCCCGAGUUUGAACUGACCGAGCGGGUAAGACAUCUGGACCCCACUCGGCUUGUCGACUCGACGACUGGCUGGGAUGACCACGGCGCGGGAGACUUUAGUGACAACCACCAUUACGCAAACCCACAAUGUGGCACUCCCUUCUACUCCACACCAUCGAGCCCAUAUGAUCCCAACCGGAUUGGGUUCCAGGGUGAAUUUGGCGGCAUCGGGACAAAUGUAUCCAGUGAGCAUCUCUGGAACAGCCAGGUAUCCAUCAAUACUAUCGGCCAGACAUACGAAAUCGACACCACCAUUGAGACAUGGAAUUAUCGGAGUCACCUUCUCUUGAACGAGCUUGAGGAUCAAGUCCGCCUGUACGCAUGCAGUGGGGGCGUCUGGACGCAGACGACCGAUGUCGAGGGCGAGGUUAACGGCCUGCUUACGUAUGAUCGCCGCGUGGCAAGAGUCGACGUGAAACAGUGGCAGGCAGACAUCAAGGGUCUCUAUGAUGCCGCCGCCGCACGGAGCAACGCAGCCGGGAAAAGUUCAUGA